AUGUUUUGGGCCCUGACCGAUACCAAAUACGCAGGAAAGCGCCGGUAUUCUACUGGACAAGCGUUCGCCAAGAUGUUACCUCAAUUCUUGCAGGGAAGUUACGCCCGCUACAAAGCAGAUACAAACAUAUUUGCAACAUGGCUACUGGAGGCAGCUAACCAAUGUGGCUAUCAACCAUCUUCCCUCUUUGCUAGUGUUCCUACGGCGAAAAAGAGUCAACAGAAAGGCAAAAACAAUGCCUCAGAUGCAGAACCACUUCAUUAUCGUGCGACUAUCAAAGAUUUGCAGAAGCUGGCCGAGGUGAUCGCCAGUUCUGCUCUCACAGUGCCCGAGCCGGUUCUCACGAUCGCGAAACGCGCCAUCAGACUUAGAAAAGUUGUCACUUCCUGGUUCCUGGGCCACGGCGACACCACGAGCAACGAGCGGCAUGCUCAUUUCAUCACUGUGCUGGAGCGGAUCUGUGAGACGCUAGAAUGGAAGUCCAGUCAGUCCACGAGGCCAGACAUUAAUCACCCAUUGCCGACACCUGAGGCUCAAAGUGACGACGCCAAUGUUGACGGGUUUCUUAAUAGAUUCGCUGUUCUCACGGUGGAGGAACCCCAGGAUACUGAGGAAGCUCAAGCGACACCGGUGGGAUCGAAGAAGGUCGUUAAAGUGACUGUUGUUGAAGACAACAAUGAGGCAGAAGACUCAUACUUUGGUCUAUUGUUCUUCAAGACCCUCUGCCUACUUCGAGACUUGGAAAAUAUGCGAAGAUUCAUUUCCAUCACCUGGUCGGAGUAUCGAGAUAAGAAAAUCGACCUGAUGAACGCUGCUAUCGUGACGGACAGUGCUUUACAACUUGCCCGAGAACUUGUGGAGGAAGUGGAGGCUGACUGGCACACUUCUCUUACGGGAAAAGAGGAUAAUGUGCAGAAUAUUGUCUACAAUUACGCUGUUCUUACCCGCGGCAGUUCUGCGGCUCCAUCUAGGGAAAUCGGUCUGCCGUACAACAAAAACAUGGCCGAUAUAGCCGAGUGGUGCUAUGUGCCAACCAUGGUUGUGCUUGAGUCCUUCGCAAAAGUUCUCCAGGUCAAUCAUCAGCCUGUCUUCAAAAAGGGCUCCUUCGGCACUUAUGAUCCUAAAAUGGACAGAGAGCGGAUGUCCUUGGGCCAGAAAUUCAACGAAGAUCAAACGAUCCUUUUUUCGAUUCUGCCAGAAUUCUGCAUGGUCAAUAGGUUCGGAAUCCAGAUGCCUGUUCAGGACGCGGUCACUCGAGGCGUUGUUGAGUUUAUCAAGACUAAAAAGGUUACUUUGUGGCUUUGCUUCGCCUCCCAGAUCUUUCUGGACGUUCAUCAUACUAUGCGGCACAGUACACUGGGUGCUUUUGAAGACCUCCGAAUGUCGGGACUUCGCAUCCAGAAGACUAUCGAUGACUACCUGCAACUGUCGAAAACGCAUCCUCAGCCGAGAUUCUGGCCAAAAGAGGGUGACGAGGAGAUUCGGAAUAUCAGUUCAACCGUGCAAUCAUGGAUCAUACAAGAUCGGUUUCUUGAUAUUCGAGUCCAGACUAAACUCGACAGAAUUGGGCCCCCGCCUGAAAAGCAUGCACUUUUCUCGCAGCACGCUAUUCUCUGCGGCUUAAUUCUAUUUCACCUCAAUACCCGAAUGCAGUUUGUUGGUCAGCAGCUCCUUAAUCAAUGGUACGACGUUCAACAAUUGGCCUUCCUGCACAACCUUGUCAUUAAGUCUCCAGCGCAUAAAAACCUGAGGUGGCCUGAUAUGGAUGCUUUCAUCAAGAUCCAUGGCGAAUCUCACAUUUUCAUUGGUUCGCGGCCAGGGGACGCCGUUGAAUCGCUGAAGCGGCUUGAGUUGGUCACUGGCAUCUCUUCUGUUGCCAAUUUUGCCCGAGAUUCCAGGAGCAGAAGAUUUCAUAACCCCAAUGGCAAGCAUGCCCGCUCGCUCAAGCCGACCACCACAGUCGCGAACCUGUUUUUCACCAAGUAUGUUGAGGGUACCGAGGAAGGUGCUGGAAUUGUAGACUUUGACAGGGUCCUGGACGAACUUUCGCAGAAAUCGAAGCUUGGAGCAUCAACUGAGGGCAUUCAGAGAGCCGAUCCGCAAUCCAUCAUCACCCGAAAGUGGUCUAAUACCCACAAUAUUGACACACUACAGCUUCUUGCCUUCCUGAAGGCCAAGCUAUUCGAAGAAGAGCCUAUCAUUCUGUACAACUACUUCGGCAUGCACAAACGCUCUGUCGAGUUACUUAGACUAAUACGAGACAAAGAGCACCAGAAGUUCGUCCAAUAUUUCACGUCGGUGUAUCUUCCUGAUGAGAGUUUCAUUUCGAACAUUGUCAUCCUGAUUCACCACGUUGUACAAGGCUCAGCCCAGAACGCACGUGCAAUGGGGCUUGCAUCUGGCGGAGUUGAGGUGGGAAGCCGCAUUCUCAUAAGCGCUGGCGACGUGAUGCGGGAAUACCUAAAGAAGAAUGGGGAUUUGGCAUGCAAAGAGCUGAGAGUGUUCUGCAAGAACAAAAAGCCGAUUCAAGAUGAUGCUUAUGAUGAGAGCGAAUCGGAUGAACUGGUGCAUUCUUGGCUCAGUCUGGAGGACGUCCUGGGUCCCAAGGGUGUAGCCUCGCUCAUGACCGGGAUCCAGAUAGCGUAGGCCUAAGGGACCUGGUGCCGCCUUGAUGCCAACAUGCAAACUCUGCUUUAUUUCCUACUAGUAAUGCUCCAUGAAACUAUGACAACCUGAAGUUUCUAAUCCAAGGCCAACGACUGUCGAACUUUCGACGAUGUUUAAGGAAUCAUCUCUUAUGCACCUAUAGCAUUGUGAUGAAAAGUGAGUGGCAGGUCACGGAUUUGAAAGCUAUACUCCCAAUCUAAUUCCGGCGUCUACCUAUUGGCAGUGGGAGAUUAGAAAUACCAUGAGCUGGAAA